AAAAUGCAGAUGUAUGCUAGAACGGUCCAAUAGGAUCUCGUUAGCUCGUGCAUGGCUCUGCCCACCGCCUUGCUUGUUCUGCCCACUAUGACUAAUUUAUUCCCAUUGGAAACGAAAGGCUGUGGUCUAUCUUGGUUAAGUUAUAAAAGUCUUUGGAGUUAUUUUCCUAAAUUCCUUGACUAGAACACGGAAGUAGGAUUGGAGACGACUGUGUCACAGACAGAAGGGGAUUUAGUUAUACAUGUCUUUGACUUUGAAUUCCUUGCGUGGAGUAACGAAAGAUCAACUGAAGACUGAAAAUGUCUAAACUACAGUUGCUGCGUGUGUUUUUAAAUGAGCGUUUAACGGCGGCAGCUCUGGAGAUUUUCGGGGCAGUUGAGAAAACGGUAGUGGAAUACCAGGAGGAGAAUGAUCGGCUACGGAGACUGCUGCAGAUCACUCCAGAGAUACAACUAUGUAGAAUAGUCCCUCCAGACUCCCUGCAGCUCUCUGCCUAUGAAGAGGAGGUUCCCCCUGAGCAGCAGGAGUGGAGCCCCAGUCUAGGGCAGAAGGACCCAGAGCCCACACAGAUUAAAGAGGAAGAGGAGGAAGUCAGGACCAGUCAGGAGGAAGAGCAGCUUCCAGGGCUGGAGGCUGAUAUCAUGGAGUUCAUAUUCACUCCUUCCUGUGUGAAAAGUGAAUGUGAUCUGGAGGACCCACUUCAGUCCUUGACUCUUCCCCAAACCAAGACUGUGGAGAACAGAGAGAGUGACUCUAAACCAGUGGAUCUCAAACCUUUUGCCACUGUAACCCACCUAAAGGGUCUCAACAUUCCCUGUGACCCUACAGAUACUGAAAACAUUGCCUCCAGCCACAGCUCAGCUGUAAGCAGGGACCCAGUAGGACUUGACAUCAGCCCACCAUUGGAUCCAAACCCACCAAUGGGGGAACACGGUUCCAAACCCAGCACCACGUCUAGAAAAACUCACCACUGCCGUGACUGUGGUGAAACGUUUCCUCUGAAAGCUGACCUGCAGAGGCACGUGACUCUUACCAAGAAUAUAAUCAGUGAAUGCCGCUUCUGCAAUAAACAAUACAAUUCCACCUGUAAAUUGGAGGCCCAUGUCCAACUCUGUCACAUUGAGAAAUCCUGCACCUGCCCUGUUUGUGGCAAGACCAUCAAACAUAAAGGAGAUCUGUCCAGGCACAUGAGUAUUCACACAGGAGAGAAACCAUUUAGCUGUGGUGACUGUGGAAAAAGUUUCAAUCAGAAGGGGCACCUGAACUUGCACAUACUGAGUCACACGGGAGAGAAACCAUUUAACUGUGGUGACUGUGGGAAAAGCUUCUAUCAGAAGGGAGACCUAGGGAAUCAUAUACUGACUCACACACAAGAGAAACCAUUUAUCUGUGGUGUCUGUGGGAAAAGCUUCUAUCAGAAGGGACACCUUACAGAUCAUAAACGGACUCACACAGGAGAGAAACCAUUUAGCUGUGGUGACUGUGGGAAAAGCUUCAAUUUGAAAGGGAACCUAAGAAAGCAUAAACUGACUCACACAGGAGAGAAACCAUUUAGCUGUGGUGACUGUGGGAAAAGCUUCAGUCAAAAGACUAACCUGCUGACGCAUGUCAAAAACAUCCACAAAGGAAGAAAACAGGAUGAAUAGUGAACGAAAAUUAGGAUAAAGAUGUUCUGUCAGAAGAUAGGAAUAACAGGCAGGAUGUGGACAACACUCGUAGGAAAGGAAAGCUACUCUGGAUAAUUUAUGCGGUUGGUUUGAGAUCAAUAGAUUUGUGAUGGAUUUACUAUUGUAAAACAUUCUAUAUGAAUACAGUUUGAUUUGAAUUAUGAUGUAAUGAUUAAACAUUACACAGCAUUGUAGGACGCUCA